AUACUAGUGGUUAUAGAAAGGUUUUGUAACACAUUGGGAGUGUCCUCCUAAACAAGAACUGCAUGAUAAGAGAACCCGAUCCUUGAGAGAAACAUUUUAUCUUCGUUUUUCAGAAUGUUUUAGAAAGGUGGUGUCAGGCCACCAUUUCAUUUGUUCAUUUCACCCUUCCCGAACCGUAGCCUACCAAGCUCCGUGUAACAACAUCCUCGAACUAUCGCACUCAUCUAUCUAACAGGUAAGCUCUUAGACAUGUCGUGGCUGCCUAUGCUUGGUUUGACUGCCCUGCCUCAUCUAGGGGGGCUCUAUGGAGGCUACGUGACACGCAAGCAGGUGAAAACCUGGUACACCACUCUCAACAAGCCAUCAUGGCGCCCACCUAAUGCUGCGUUCCCAAUAGUGUGGACCACCCUCUACACAGGCAUGGGGUAUGGCUCCUACCUGGUGUGGAAGGAGUGUGGGGGUUUUACUGAGGAUGCUGUGGUACCUUUGGGAUUCUAUGGGUUGCAGCUGGCUCUCAACUGGGCCUGGACUCCCAUCUUCUUUGGAGCACACAAGUUGAAAAUGGCACUCAUAGAGAUAGUGAUGUUGACUGGUGCUGUUGGAGCCACCAUGGUAUCCUGGUACCCCGUCAAUCGCACAGCCAGCCUGCUCCUGACACCCUACCUUGCAUGGCUGUGCCUGGCCACCUCCCUUAACUACAGCAUAUGGAGAGAUAACCCGGAUGAGGAUGAAAAGGAGGAGUAGAAACACAGUAUUCUCUGUACUUGAUUCCAGCUCCAUUGGCCAAACAAUUAAACUAUUUGUAUAAUGAUGUGCUACUGCAUUUUUUUUUUUUUUUUACAUAAAAAAGGUUUCUCCCAUAACCUAAUCGCCAAUGAAGAAAUUGGGGCUUGGCUUUUGCAAGAUUUAAGAAAUCAUAUUUUUCAAUGCCCUUUAAUUUAUUCCAAUAUUUCUGUUGAAGAAGCUUACCAUGGCUUUGCAUUAUACCGAUAUUUCCUUGUCUUAUUACAAGGAAAGUACAUGCCAGGAAAGCCUUAAGUAUAUCAGAUUUGAUUGACAUUUGCCUAUUAUGUUGUUCAUAUUAAAAAACGUCAAACUUUA